CCACUGGGGGCUAAACCUCCCUCAGCCGUUAGGAGGAGACGCGUCUCUGCUCGGCCAGCGGCUCCUGGUGAGUUCCGCUGCUCUGCCCACUCUCAUGGUCUUCAUCCGUGGAUUUCUUCAGUUGGAUUGAGAGGAUAAAUUAUUAAGGACGCGGCCUCAGGAUGGACUUGGAUUUAGGGGUUGGGGGCGACAGCAGCACACGACGGAAGAUGAACGCGACGAGCGAGGCAGUGGAGAUCACACCGCUGGAAAUGUAUGAUUCAGCGAGGGCCAAGAUAGCGGCCAACCUGCACUGGCUGUUUGCUAAAGCCUACGGAAUCGAUCACAUCCCAGAGGACAUGCGGGACCCCUUUUACACAGACCAGUAUGAGCAGGAGCACAUCAAGCCUCCUGUGAUCAGGCUGCUGUUGUCCUCGGAGCUCUACUGUCGAGUGUGUGGCCUCAUUCUCAAAGGGGACCAGGCGGCCUCCCUUCAGUCCCACCAGUCAGUCAUCCAAGCUCUGUCUCGGAAAGGCAUCUAUGUCAUGGAGGGAGAUGACACGCCUGUCACGGAGGGUGACCUCACGUGUCAGCCAAUCAAAAUGAGCUCACACAUGCCUAUGAUUGAUGCCCUGAUGAUGGCCUACACAGUGGAGAUGAUCAGCAUUGAGAAAGUGGUGAUCUGUGUGAAGCGCUUCUCUACCUUCAGCGCCUCUAAAGAGCUUCCCUUUGACUUGGAGGAUGCCAUGAUCUUCUGGAUUAACAAGGUAAACUUGAAAAUGAGGGAGAUCUCUGAAAAGGAAUACAAAGUAAAGCAGCAUGUGCUGGAUUCUCCCAGUCAUCAGAAGGUGCGCUAUAGGCGAGAACAUGCCUCAGGCCGUCAGCUUCCCCACUUUCCCCUGCUGGAGGAUCUGAUGAUGGAUGUAUGUGAUGGUGCUGCCCUACUGACUGUGGUUCACUACUACUGCCCAGACCUUAUGAAGCUUGAUGAUAUUUGCUUGAAGGAAGUCACCUCAAUAGCAGACAGCCUGUAUAAUAUCCAGCUAUUGAAGGAGUUUGCCAACGAGUACCUAAAUAAAAGCUUCUAUUUAACACUAGAAGACAUGCUGUAUUCACCUGUGGUGCUCAAACACAAUGUCAUGGCAUUCAUCGCUGAACUUUUUUGGUGGUUUGAGAUUGUGAAGCCAGAGUUUGUCCACCCAAGGGACGUGCAGGAAUUGAAGGAUGCAAGAGCAGUGACUCAGUCAAAAAGCUCCCGGCCCUCCGUGCCCAUCUCCAAUGCUACCAAACGAAGCUUCCUGGUCUCCCCUGGAAUGGCAGAUUCAGCUCAUCAUGUCCCAAACAACCCUGAAGUGUGUAACAGGUACUUCCUGCACACUGAGGAAUCUGAUCCUUCUAAUAAGGGGAAUUCUACUUUUAGCCCCUCACAUCCACUUUUACCACUGAGACAGAGACAGCAAAAAUCUCAGCAGGGAGAGGAUGCAUCAGGCUGUAGAAAUCGUUCUAAUUCGCUGACUCAGGCAAGUCAUUCUCGUGGGUCUGUGGCCUGGUCAGAAAAAAGACAGAGGCCACUAUCACAGCUGAAUCGCUACGUUCUUCAUUGUGCCACAGACAAUGAUGCAGACUUGGCCUCAGGUGACAAUACGAGCCUCACAUGCUCCAUCAGUGUGGACAGCCUGGCCUCUACUGUCACGCCCAAACAUGAGGGUCAUCCAAGCCCAGGUGGUCCUCGACGGAUCAAUGGUCACGGGCUUCUUGGAAAUGUUAGCUUGGAUGAAGAUGAUGAUGAUGAUGAUGAUGAUACGAUGACCGUUAUUCAGGAGUCAUUGUCUAAAAAUGAGGCUACUUUGUCAAACUCUGGGAAUGUAGAACAUCCAUGUGCUACCUCUAGUGCUAAAACAAGCACAUGGGGCAGACACGAGGAAUCUCCAGCAGAUUCCAGAACAGCCAGUUUCUACCUAGAACCGCUGAUGCCUGCUGUCCUUAAACCAGCAAAAGAAAAGUCUAUAUGCUUAAAUAAAGAGGAAGAAUCUGGAGAGGGACGACAGCGUGGGUCAACACGGAGAAGUGGUGCUGGAGAGGGUCCCAAUGCCUCAGCUAGACGAAGACCUCCACACAACCUUAAUCGGAUCUUCAAUGCCAGCUCAGUAUCUGAUCUUGAGAUGGCUUCUGAACCCAAAUCCAAUCAAUCUGUGCCUCCAUCUGCAGGAGAGGCUGAUGUCCUCAGAUCCACGGUCACUAGCAGUGUUGGGUCUUCUGCUGAACAGUCUCCUGCAUUCUACCUGCAUUCGUCCAUGACUGAAGACAAGAGGCCUGUUCAAGCUUGGAGUGUCCUGCCUGACAACAACACAGAGACUGUGGAGACAGUUGAAGAUCAGGAUGCGGAACUAACCAAGGAACUUCAUCCACCUAAGAGACAGUUUUAUGAAGAGGAUCAGGAAUCUGCAAAGCUUCAAGAGGACAUGAGUGUGAAGGAGCAUGAGGAUAAGGAUGAAGGAAGUAGGUGCUCCAGCCCUGCUCUCAGUGUUCAGUCACAGGUCAGUAGUGUGGCCAGUGGCAGUGUGAGAAUGACCAGCUUUGCAGAGCAAAAACUGCAGAAGUUUGGUAGCAAUCAAGACAUUCGCUCCAGCACCAGUAGCUCUCAAAGGACAACACCAGAUGGUUCAGAGACCUUCCCUUUUCCCCUCACCUCAUGGCGGAUGAAAAGGGACCAGAGUCCGACACAACAGGGCAAGGACAAGAGCGGUAUGCUAGCUUCAGAGCUUGUACUGUUGCACAUGCAGCUCAAAGAAAAGUGCCGUGCUAUUGAGACCCAGAAAAAGAAGAUGGAGGUCUUGUGUGCUAGGCAAAGACUCAAGCUUGGAAAAGCUGCUUUCCUGCAUGUAGUGAAAAAAGGCAAGAGCGACACACUCCCUCAGUCCUUCAGAUUAGACAAAUUGAAAAAUGGCCAAAAGUUUAAUGGUGAUAAAGAGUUGUCAUCAAAAGAUGACUCCUGUCUUGAUGCAGUGAGAGAUGGGGAGAAAGGCACUGAGGAGCCAGAGAAAGUAUCUCUUGAGUGGGGGAGUGCAGCUGCUAUACCACAGAGUGCCUUAGACAUGGAUGAGGAAAUAGACCUUAAUGAGUGUAACCACUCCAUCGAAAUGCUUAAUGAGGCCAUCAACAGCAUUCAGCAGCAGAUGAUGCAAUUGUCUCUCCAGCAGGACCUACUUAUGAAGCAAAACAUCCAGUCACCUCCAGGUGCUGCCUCACUCCCUGUUGAUGACCGAGGAGAUUCACAUGAACCAAAGGUGCGAGCAGCUAUUCAUUUUGUGGAGCCAAGCGGCAGCCCUGUAGUUCGUAAGCCCCCCAAGCUGACCUCUGCACGGUCCCGCUCCAAACCUUCCGAGUUGAAGCUGUCCAAGGACUACAACAAAGGUCAGGAAAUAUCUACACCCACUCCCACUGAAAGGCCCACUGCUCGAGCAAGUCCAGGGGGCAGGACCACCAAAGCAGAGCAUGAGACAGUCAAUAAGACUGAGGCAACACUAACAAAGACCACAUUCUAUCUACAUGAUGAAGCCAACUUGCGUACGGUCUCAAGGGAACCAAGCUCUGUUGCACUGGGAGCGACUCUUGAUGAAGAUGUACCUAGUACGUUACGGAACCCUGAGAAAUCCUUUGAUAUUGGUCCUGGAUUUGAGGACAGCUCGAAGAACAAGGCCAAUCUGAUCGAGGUGGACCUGUCAGACAUAGCCCAGUCAGAUGAGGGCAAUUCUGAUGUAUUAGAAGUACCCACUGAUGCAGUGGAUGGAGAAAAGAAAACCGGCAUGGGCUUUUUCUUCAAGGAUGAGCAGAAGGCAGAGGAUGAAAUGGCCAAAAAGCGUGCUGCAUUUCUCCUGAAACAACAGAAGAAGGCAGAGGAGGCUCGAAUGCGCAAGCAGCAGCUAGAGGCAGAAAGUGAACUCAAGAGGGAGGAAGCCAGGAGGAAAGCUGAAGAGGAGCGGCUCAGAAAAGAGGAAGAGAAAGCUAGACGAGAGUUGAUAAAACAAGAGUACCUGAAAAGGAAACAGCAAGAGUUGUCUGAAGAGCAGGAACAGCCUAAGCCUAAACCCAAACCCAAGCUUAAGAAGCACAGACCAAAGUCUGCGCUGAAGGAAGAGCUUUCCACAGACACGCUUCCAAAAUGCACUCCUACUAAUGAGAACCUGAUCAGUGCCCAGUCUGGCUCGAAUCUCUCACUGGCCUCUGUGGCCACUACUGAAGCAGACAGUGUGAACUCGGGAGGUGCAGGGUCUCAGCGUGGGGAAUCUGUGGAGUCGUUUUCAGUCCUCAGUCGGACAACAGAGCGCGACUGGGAUAACGGUUCUACUGCGUCUUCCAUUACAUCAACGUCUAUUGCAGAAUAUACUGGGCCUAAACUUUUCAAGGAGCCAAGUGCAAAGUCCAAUAAGCCGAUAAUCCACAAUGCCAUUUCUCACUGCUGCUUGGCUGGAAAAGUAAAUGAACCGCAGAAGAACUCCAUUCUCGAGGAAAUUGAGAAGUGCGAGUCAAACCACUUGAUGAUUCUCUUCCGUGAUGGCGGUUGCCAGUUCCGUGCACUCUACUCGUAUUUUCCUGACACAGAGGAGAUCCACAAGCUCACGGGCACUGGGCCUAAAAGCAUCACCAAAAAGAUGAUUGAUAAGCUCUACAAGUACAGCUCAGACCGGAAACAGUUCACCGUCAUACCUGCCAAGACUGUGUCCGUCAAUGUGGAUGCCCUGACCAUUCAUAAUCACCUCUGGCAGGCCAAGAGGCCCGCUGUGCCAAAAAAGAGUGCAAAGUGAAGCUUUUGGGAACUGUAAUUAAGCAACGCUGUUGUACUGCCUGUAUGUUUGGAAAGACCACACAGAUGUCCACAGUCAACUUCUCUUCUUGUUUUGUGAUGCAUCAGGACUGGCUGUGUAUGAAUAAAUCUCUGGACGGUCAACACUCUUUGUUUGAUCAGUUCGUGGUAGAGGGUUUUUUUUCUGUAGUUUGAGGCAUUUUUGGUUGAGUUCUUGUUACUUGAAAGACAUUUUUAGUUUGGUAAGCUCACACAGCAGAGUUUUCCUUUCUGAUCAGCAGAUAUUUUGUCUCUUUACUGUAAAAGACAGACUGUGAGACAGCUACAUCGAAAUAGUCUGCUGCUUAUGAAGAUCAUAACUCAAUUUAUGUAGAAAAGUAUUUGUGAAGUUGCCUUUUAUUUUCUUUUUCCCCCCUUCCUAAAACAUGCUGCUUUGAAACUGUCUUCUGUGCACUGUAUGAUGAUCCCAGUCAUACAUGUGGUUGGCCUUCACACAUCAUGGUACUAUUGUCCUAUUUAUUCAGCGCUUAAAAAGCAAAUCGGCUGUAGCACUGCUGCAUAGGACUAUGAUGGACCUUUUUAAAUAGGGAAUGAAAGGCUUCGGUUCAUGUCUCAGAUGCUCUUUUGUUUUGCUACUCGAAUACUACAGGUAGUAAUUUCUCCACUGGACAGCUGCGUCCUUGACAAUGGUGCACUCAUGAUCGUUUUAGUGCUUUUAUCAUGCAAUGUAACCACGAGUGAUGUCGUCUCUGAACCUUCUUUUGUCAAUGCAAAAGAGCAGCAUGCUCUAUUAUGAAGAGUGUCGCUGUAGUUUGAAUGAUGGUAUUUAAUAUAUUCAUAAUCAGUUACUUCCUUCGCAGUGGCUGUCUAAUUAUUUACCCAUGUUUAAAGCAUUCCUUGGAGACGAGGGAAAAAAUGUGUCAACACUGCCGCAUCCUUGUUUAAUCAUUUUAAAACACUUGGUUUGAGUUGGUGGUAAGGAUCAAGAUAGUGUUGCACAUGCACUUUACUUCUUUAGAAAAGGUGAUAGUUAAGGGCACACAAGGUUUGUGCGAAAAACAUUAGCAUUAAAUGCUUCUUGAACUGCUUAUUACACUAAAAUCUUUAAACAGACACUAAUGUAUUUAAUUCAGACAAGCAAAAUUAAUGGCCCACUGAAAACUCUUCAGACUACUACUUUCCAGAAGGUGUACUUCAGAUUUAGGUUGCUGCAUUUGUUUUUACUUUUAAAUUACAGUUUUGUAUAUCAUGUCUGUUUAUAUAUACACUCUAAAAUUGUACUGAUUUUGCUCACCAUUCUUUUAAAACACUGUACUUUUGGUCAUGUUACUCUAUCCACCUUACCAUUAUUUAUAUUAAACAUAGGCACAGAGAAUUGAAUACAUUUUCAAUAAACUCAUUUUUGUCA